AGAAUUUUCAUGUUUGGGUGAACUACACCUUUAACGGGUGCACCUUUCCCAUCUUCCCCUACUCUUUUUUUACAGGGUGCAAUUCUAUACUACAACAGAAGGUGGCACUAUAAUACAGCAUCAAUCCUAGAAGCUUGGAUUAAACCUGAUUUUAACCCCUGAUAAGACUGUUAUAUAAUAUUGUUUAACUGUAUUGUCUUUGUAAAACUACUAUUAAUGCAAGAAAGAAAUUACAUGUUUAUAUUAUAAAGCAGCAUCAUAGAAAAAACAUGAUAAUGUGCAAAAAUGUGUGUAACAGGUGGUGUGAAAUUACAAGGUUUAUAUGCACAGCUGUUCAACACAUGAACCCAUAAUAACAGACCAAUAUAUUAUGAAGUUGUUCUAUUUUCUUUUACAUCCAUGGUUUUCAAACAGGGUUCAGUGAACACCUGUAGGGCAUCUAAAGGGAGUCCCAUUUAAAUAGGUUGAUAUUCAAGUUCUAUUUUAUGACACUUCUAAAUUUAAAUCACAAUUUUUUUAAUGUAUGAUCAUAAGCAUUAUAUAAUGUUAAUGUUCUUAGUUUUAAUUUCCAUCUUUUGUUAUGCACUGUAUGUAUAUUAACUGUAUAUUUUUAUUCGUAUUAUCUUAUUCCAUAAAGUGGGGUUCAUCUUUAAUGUUUUGUUAAUAUUUUUCAUUUGAAGUAGCCUAUUUGGAGCAUUUUAAGGUGCAUUUUUGUAAUGAAAGAUGCUGUACAAAUAAAUUAUUGUUAUUAUUAUUAUGAAAAUGUUAUAAAGUUUUACCAAGAAAAUGCUUGCUUUUUUCCCCUUUUUUUAAAACUUUGUUUGGAUUGGUUAAUCUUCUGGAUGGGGGUUGAAAACCCUUGGUUUACAUUUUACCACUUACUAUCUUCAAAAUACAUUUCAUCAGGCAUUUCAAGACUCAGCAAGUAAAUUUUUCCUCAACAGAGUCAACACCUUUUAGCCCUAGAAGCACGGCAGAGAGAGAGUUUUUUUAAGUUUAGCAUUGUGAAAUAGUAUGGGAAAGCCCGCCCUCUCGCUCUCAUUGGCUGCCCCGCUCUCGUCCACUCUGCAUUGGUGUCGGUGCGCGCCACUGACAGUCGCUGCUCUCGUUUGGCGCAAGUAACAAGGUGAAAAUCUACAAAGUUGCAAAUCUGCGCCUACAAUUAAUCACCGACGGGCGAUGACAGCUCUACACAGACAACAACAACCCACACAAGAGGGCGUUUCUACAUAAAUCAAAGGUCGUCGGACAGUGGACCUAGUUAGUCGCGUAUUCCCGAUCCAGGUAUAUUGUUGUUCGUCGUUUCCCGUGAACGCGCCGGUAGCUGAUGUCAUUGGAACAGGUGCGCGAAACCCAAGUUAACAACAGUCGCCCUAGAUCGCGAGGGAUUACACACGGAUGUGAGUGUUUUCUACGGCGUUUCAUUCAUCAGCCGGUAUUACCAAGCGAUUUGAGGCUGUAUUUUUUUUUUUUAUUUGCCUGGAUAAAGGCUGUCCUGCUUCGGGUGGUAGUUUAUUGCUAUUUCCGUGUCUUUUUCUCCUAAAAAGCGCUUGUUUGGAUCGUGAAGACGAUAUUUGGCGACACUUCUUGGUGAGCAGUGAGCAUAGAUUUUAAGGCAAUGAAGAGCCCUUUUACCUUCAUUUGAGCUCGGGUCUCAAUACGUGAAUUUUGACUGAACCAUACAGGGAAUAUAUUUUAAGAACCGAGCAAUGCCGACUCUGAAGUUUUGAAACCUUUUUUUUUUUAAUCUUUUUCACCAAGACAUGGGAAUGAAGCCGCUGUGCUUUACUGCGCUUUAAACGCGUUUGCAUAAGGAAAUAACCUGUUUUAAGAGACUCGUUUACGAAAGGGAUUAAUCAUGUCCAAGACACUGAAAAAGAAGAAACAUUGGUCCAGUAAAGUGCAGGAAUGCGCCGUUUCGUGGGGUAACGCCGGGGAGCUCAGCGCCGCACUGGAGAUAAGCGGGGGAGCCGAGCACGGAGAGUUCCCGCACCUGGGACAGGUGUUGUCGGACGCGUUAGUGUGCCAUGUCGGCAGGCUACCUGGUCCCGGAGAUGUGCUUCUGGAGGUGAACGGCACGCCUGUCAGCGGACUGACAAACCGAGACACCCUCGCCGUCAUCCGACACUUUCGCGAACCCCUCCGUCUGAAGACCGUAAAGCCAGGUAAGGUGUUGAACACAGAUCUGCGUCACUACCUCAGCCUGCAGUUCCAGAAAGGCUCUUUGGACCACAAGCUCCAGCAGGUGAUCAGAGAUAACCUGUACCUGCGCACUAUUCCCUGUACCACAAGGCAGCCUCGUGAAGGGGAGGUUCCAGGAGUGGACUAUAAUUUCAUCAGCGUGGGGGAGUUUCGUGUGCUGGAGGAGAGCGGACUGCUACUGGAGAGUGGAACCUAUGAUGGCAAUUAUUAUGGCACCCCAAAACCACCUGCAGAGCCCAGCCCAGUGCAGCCUGACCUGGUGGACCAGGUUCUGUUUGACGAGGAGUUUGACGCGGAGGUUCAGCGCAAACGCACCACGUCUGUCAGCAAAAUGGAUAGAAAGGACAGCGCAGCUCCUGAGGAAGAGGAGGAGGAUGAGAGGCCACCCAUUGUCAAUGGGCUCACAGAACACAAGGAGGGACCGGAGUGGAGGAAGGCUGUGCCCAGCUACACACAGUCCAGCAGCAGCAUGGACUUCCGCAACUGGAACACAAUGCCACGUGACGAGAGCCAGGAGCCUCUGCCCAAGAACUGGGAGAUGGCCUAUACAGAGACGGGCAUGGUCUACUUUAUAGAUCACAAUACCAAGACCACGACCUGGCUCGACCCACGACUGGCAAAGAAAGCUAAGCCUCCUGAAAAAUGUGAGGAUGGAGAGCUUCCAUAUGGCUGGGAGAAGAUUGAGGACCCACAGUACGGGACUUAUUAUGUGGACCACAUCAAUCAGAAGACUCAGUUUGAGAAUCCGGUGCAGGAAGCCAAGAAGAAACUCAGCCAGGAUACGUCUCCAAUAAGUCAGCCAAUAGCAGUGACCGCAGGAGCAGUACCAACGCCCUUAAAUGAAGCUGGUUUGAGGGGAUUCACACGGGACCCAUCUCAGUUGCAGGGUGCUAUCCUGCGCACAACUCUAAAGAAGAGUCCUCAGGGCUUCGGUUUCACCAUCAUCGGUGGAGACCGACCAGAUGAAUUCCUUCAAGUUAAAAACGUACUGAGAGAUGGACCCGCCGCACACGAUAACAAAAUUGCUUCAGGUGAUGUUAUAGUGGACAUAAACGGUGCAUGUGUGCUGGGCAAGACCCAUGCAGAUGUGGUGCAGAUGUUCCAGUCCAUUCCUGUGAAUCAGUAUGUGGAUAUGGUCUUGUGCCGUGGAUACCCACUCCCAGAAGAUACCAAUUCCAGCGAAGAGGGCACAGGCGACAUAAUGACUGCCAUGCCGGGGAUGGACGGGCAGCCCAUCCAUUCAGACGGCACCCCCUCCCUGCAGGACGUCCAUUACAUGACCACCGAUGGCAGACACCCGGCUGCAGCAAUGCCUAACGGACGCUACCCAGAGGCAGGGGACACCACCCUGCUGCAGCCCGAGCUGAUCAGCGUGCCUUUGGUAAAGGGGCCGAGUGGAUUCGGCUUUGCCAUCGCAGACUGUCCGCUGGGUCAGAAGGUGAAGAUGAUUCUGGACGCGCAAUGGUGCCGAGGUCUGCUGAAGGGGGAUGUGAUAAAGGAAAUUAACAGGCAGAACGUACAGACCCUCUCCCAUGCGCAGGUGGUGGACAUCCUCAAAGACUUGCCCGUGGGCAGCGAGGUCAACGUGCUGGUGCUUAGAGGAGGUCAGACAUCUCCCGUGAAGUCUCUGAAACCUAUCACUUCAGCUAUUCCCAUUACCCAGAAGCAGGACAUUGCCACCAGCUCCGUCAGUACUGAAACUCCCAGUCCGGCUGAGCCUGCGCCCCAGUCCCUUCCCUUCCCUCCGCACGCCAUCCGCUCCAGCUCCCCAAAACUGGACCCAUCUGAGCUCUACCUCAAGUCGAAAGCCAUGCUGGACAGCAAACCCUCCAACACUAAAGAGUUGGAUGUGUUUAUCAAGAGGAACCAGGAGACUGGAUUUGGGUUCAGAGUGCUGGGAGGAGAAGGACCGGAUCAGCCAGUGUACAUCGGUGCCAUCGUUCCUCUGGGUGCCGCAGAGAAGGAUGGGCGUCUGCGGGCUGGAGAUGAGCUCAUAUGUAUUGACGCCGUUCCCGUCAAAGGCAAAUCUCACAAACAAGUUCUGGAGCUCAUGACCAACGCUGCCCGCAACGGGCAGGUGAUGUUGACCGUGCGCAGAAAGCUCACAUAUCCAGACAGAGAGGAAGAUGAUGGAGGACAACCUCAGGCUCUACAAGCUCCAGCGCUGGUCAACGGCUCACCCAAACCUCCCCACAUCGAGGUGUCCGGGCACAGCCACCCUCAGCCCUACGAAGUCACUCUUCAGCGCAAGGACAACGAGGGAUUCGGAUUUGUCAUCCUCACCUCUAAAAACAAGCCUCCGCCUGGAGUUAUCCCCCAUAAGAUUGGCCGCAUCAUAGACGGCAGUCCCACAGACCGCAGCGGUCGGCUAAAAGUGGGUGACCGCAUCUCUGCUGUGAAUGGCCAGUCCAUUAUUGAACUGUCGCACAACGACAUUGUGCAGCUUAUCAAAGAAGCUGGAAACGCUGUUACCCUCACGGUCGUGCCUGAGGAAGAACACAGCGGACCUCCGUCAGGAACUAGUUCAGCCAAGCAGAGCCCAGCCUCUCAGCACAGAGCUGUGGGACAGCAGCCUGCCAACCGAGAUGACAGGAAUGGCAUCGAGACGGAGGAGAGGAAAGACACCAUGGCCCGAGCAGAGUACAAAUCCCUGCCUCAGGGUGAGAUGGGUACUGUCAUCACCUCAGGACCAAAGCAGGGAUGUUAUCCUGUAGAGUUGGAGAGAGGACAGAGAGGUUUUGGCUUCAGUCUGCGAGGAGGGAAGGAAUAUAACAUGGGCCUCUUCAUCCUCAGACUAGCUGAGGACGGUCCUGCACUGAAAGAUGGCAGGAUACACGUGGGAGAUCAGAUUGUGGAGAUCAACGGUGAACCCACGCAGGGCAUUACACACACACGGGCCAUCGAGCUCAUCCAAGCCGGGGGCAAUAAAGUGUUGCUGCUUUUGAGGCCCGGACUGGGCCUGGUGCCUGAUCAUAACAUUAAGGAUAAGAUGACAGGUCAGUCUGCAAACUCUCCAAGAUAUUCUGCAUCCAAUGAGCCGUCCACACCAGCAUCUCCAUCCUUCAUCUCUCGCUCCCCUGAGGUCAAUUCCUCUCCAUCCCAAACCUCUCCACCCGAGGAGCUCCCCCUCCUCGACCCGGUGGCCGCUUCUCACGGGCAACUUUACCAACACUACAGAGACGCCAAACAGCAAACUAGAAAGAGUGACCCAAGCAUGCCUCAUGACAACAAUGACAACUUUACAACACUCCCCCGAAGACUAGAUGGAAAAGAGCGCUCGCGCAGUCCAAAAAAGACUCUAUAUGUGGACAACAAGAACGACCCUAGUGAACGAGAACCUCGAUCCACUAGCCCCAGAAAGACCAAGAAGGAGAGCGCUGGGAUCAGACAGGAAGUGCCUCAAAAGGCCACUGAUGGAUUGAAGCCUAACUCUGGAAGGAGACACAAAGACGAAGACACUGUGCACAAGCAGGACAGGGAAACAGGAGAGAUCAGACCUGAGGUCUCAAGAGGUGGCAGUGACAGAUACCAGAGGGACAAGACAGCAGAACCUCAGCGGGCUUACCAGAAAGAGCCUGAGAGUGGAACCCUCAACCGGAAGGAGCAUAGAGGACGAGACAGGCCUCGAGGGGAGGAAGAAGACAAGGGUGCCCCUCAAGAGACUCCCCAUAAUGGGAACCCUACCACCAAGAAAGCCCCUAUAACCCCAGGCCCCUGGAAGGUCCCCAGCUCCGCAAGGAUUCAGCCUCCGGUUCAUGGAGUCUAAUGCGUUUGGGAGCAGUUAUUGAUGUGAAUCACUGUGUAUUUUUUCUUUUCUUUUUCUUUUUUUUGUAUGACUCUCAUCAUCUACUCUGAUAACAUGCAGCGUUCGCUUGUGUUCACCAACAAAAGAGCGUUAAUUUUUGUGUGCCAAUCAGACUGCAGCUACAGACUCGUCCAUGUCUCCUUGCUCCUGUGAUAACAUGAAGGAUGCUUUUUUGUGAAGGUUUAAAAAAAAAAAAAAAAAAAAAGUCUAUUAAUAUGUAUUAUUUCUCCACCUUUGAUUUGCCGCAUGUCCUUACAAUGACUUCAGAUUUCCAAUGAUGCAACUGUCCUCAAGAUCCUAGUGACUUUGUGUAGGCUGUGCAUUAAGCAGCUUUGCGGUUAAUUUCUUUGACAUAUCCAUCUUUAAAAGACCAGAAACUUGUGGUUAAGUAUAUUGUUUACUACCUGUGUGUUUAUGAAGACGCAUAUAUAAUUUAUUGAAAUUAAUAUGAUGAUAUAAACAUAUACAUGUAUAGAGGUAUAGGUAUUUGUAUCCAUUCUGAGCCAGGUCACUUAUUAGUGUUCCAGCUUGCUGAUAUUUCGGCCUCCUAACAAACAUAUUUUUUCACAGUGCUAUAGCUUUUACAGUUUAUCUCAGAUGAGCAUUUGCAAGGUGUGUACAUUUGGAAGCAAACGUUUGCUCGUAUCAUUAGAAGGUGAAGCAGAACUGGGAAAUUGAUAUAUUUUUGCAUACUAUCCAAUCUAACAUAUAUUUUUUCUUAUACUUUUUGCACAUUUCACUCAAUCAAAUGAUUUGUACUGCAUUGUUAUCCCAAUAAUGGGACUUCAUAUUCAUUUAAAGUGUCUGUAUCUUUCAGAUCAUCCUUUUAAAUGUCAAGAUGCUGUCUUAUAUCCAAUGGAAAUGUAGCUCAAGAAUCACGUACCAAACAUGGUGGAUGUUAUUCAUCAACUUCUUAAAGCCUCAAACAAUUGGCACAGACUCGAGAUGUAACAUUAAUAUCUUUUUUCAUAACAGUAUUUUUGAAAUAUCAUAAAAAAAAAAAAUCAAUUGACAGGCAGAGCAGAAAUCAGUCAAAUAAUACAUAUGCUACAGUGACUGAAUGCUUCUAUGUUUUGUCAUGAUGAAAAAUGUGAAUACUUUCUAAUACGGUUUAUGAUUGCUUCUUGAUCAUUAAUCUCAACCCUUUUGUAGCUUGUUUCUCUAGUGCAUCUCAUGUCAUGAGGUUGUAUGUAUGAUACUGUGGCCUUGCAUUGCUUUACCUUACACAAAAAAGCCUUGUGGUCUCUACAUUGUGGUAGUUGUAAAUGUUUAUAAAAAUACAAUGUACAGCACCUGUAUAAAACUCGCCUUCGUGAGGGGAAAACCAAGGAAAAAAAAUCUAUAAAUCGCUCCAUUAUUUUUUUAAGUAAUUGAGAGUAUGAGCAUAUAUAUAGAGAGAGUGGUUAAAGAAAUUAAUCUGGUCAUGACCUUCUGUUCAUGCACUGAUGAAUAAAGAUUUACUGAAAACAUC